CGUGAAGAGGCGGUGAUCAGCACAACCAUCUUUGCUUGCCGUCGCCGUCAUUGUCGUCGCCGCCGAACCCACCGUUCUCGUUUCUCCUACCUCGCCGCAUGCCUCCACAAGCUCAAUGACAUCGACGAGGUCGGCCUUGUCUGUUGCUCAAGGAAUGGGCUGACGGCUUGCAGCGCUUUUCUUUCGUCUUUGCGCGUUUCGUUUUGUUGUCUUCUCACAUUGGAUACUUACUUUUCAUCUGUCUAUGCUAUAGAGCAUCCUCGGUGGUUGACGCUGAGAGAACGCUCGAACCGGAACCCCAAUCCAAGUGUAGACCCGCCACGGCAACAGCAUGGCGACGCACACCGAAGUCAUCACACCCUCCUCCUCUCGCACGACUCCUGCCAUUGUGCGCCGCCGAUCCUCCUCCCACUCGAUCCAGAAGAAGCCGUGGCAGCACACCCAUCGACCGUCCUUCCACUCGAGCCACUCCCGACCAGACCCCGAAGAGAUCCAACGCCUCUCAGAGCACAUUUCGCGCCAGACGACUCGAUCGUCCCACCGUCGCACCCCGAAAUGGUACAAGAUCCGCUGGUGCAAGGGCAUGUUCGACGACGUCAAGAGACGGGCGCCGUACUACUGGAGUGACUGGAAGGAUGCGUGGGAUUAUAGAGUCAUCCCUGCCACCGUGUACAUGUACUUUGCAAACAUCCUACCAGCAUUGGCGUUCUCCCUCGACAUGUUCACAAAGACCCACAACUCGUACGGCGUCAACGAAGUCCUGCUCUCCUCGGUCAUGGCUUGUGUGGUGUUCUCUCUGUUCGCUGCGCAGCCACUCGUCAUCGUAGGCGUUACGGGUCCCAUCACCGUCUUCUCUUACACGGUGUACGACAUCAUCGUCCCCCAGGGCACCAAUUUCUUCGCCUUCAUGGCCUGGAUCGGCAUCUGGGCCCUGAUCAUGCAUUGGUUGCUGGCCAUUACCAACAGCUGCAAUGCGCUGACCUACGUCACGCGGUUCAGUUGUGAUACCUUUGGGUUCUACGUCGCCUUCAUCUACCUGCAAAAGGGCAUCCAAGUCCUGACCAGACAAUGGGGGUUGGCCGGCGAAACUAGUGCCUAUCUGUCCGUCAUGGUCAGUCUACUCGUCCUUGGGUUUGCAUACGGGUGCGGUGUGCUCGGCAACAGCCACCUGCUGCAACGCCAUGUGCGGAAGUUUAUCGAGGACUACGGCACCCCCUUGACAAUCGUCUUCUUCACGGGAUUCGUCCAUAUCGGCCACAUGAGGAAUGUCCAUCUUGAGACCCUGCCGACCAGCAAGUCGUUCCACCCGACCGCUGACCGUGGCUGGUUCGUCCACUUUUGGGACAUCAGUGUGGGAGAGGUCUUUCUGGCGAUCCCGUUUGCGAUCCUGCUGACCGUCCUGUUCUGGUUUGACCACAACGUGUCGUCCCUCAUCGCGCAGGGGACGGAGUUCCCUCUGCGCAAACCGCCGGGCUUCCAUUGGGAUAUCUUCCUCCUGGGCCUCACCACGGGCAUCGCGGGGAUCCUGGGCAUCCCUUUCCCGAACGGCCUCAUCCCUCAAGCGCCAUUCCACACCAACGCCCUCUGCGUCACCCGACAAGUUGUCGACGAGAAGGCGAGAGGCCACGUCGUCCGGGUCACGGACCAUGUCGUCGAGCAACGCUUCAGCAACCUGGCGCAGGGCCUGCUGUUCUUGGUCACGAUGAGCGGACCGCUGCUGGUCGUGCUCCACCUGAUCCCCCAGGGCGUGCUGGCCGGGCUGUUCUUCGUCAUGGGCGUCCAGGCGCUGGUGGGCAACGGCAUCACGCAGAAGCUGCUGUUCCUGGCGCGGGACAAGGAGCUGACGGAUGCGACAGACCCGCUGGCGCGGAUCGAGCGCCGCGCCGCCAUCUGGGCCUUUGUGGCGUGCGAGCUGGCCGGCUUCGGGGCCACCUUUGCCAUCUCCCAGACCAUCGCCGCCAUCGGGUUCCCGAUCAUCAUCCUCCUCCUGAUCCCCUUCCGCACGUGGCUGAUGCCCAAGUGGUUCCGGGACGAGGAGCUCCGCGCGCUCGACGCCCCCACGGCCGGCGCCUUCGUCAUGGAGAGCGUCGGCGGCGCGUACGGCGAGAGCGGCGAGAGCACCCCGUCCGGCGGCGCAGGAGGAGGGGCGUCGUCGCCCCCGGACGAGGACGACGAAAUCGCCGUCGUGGACGACUCGCUGGAGCGAGGCGAGAGCCACGAGCUGCAGAGCGUCCUGGCCAACAAGAGAUCGUCGAUGGAGAUUGGCGGGAAUGCCGCCGCGGCGACGAGGCGGACGGGGAGUCAGAGCGAGACCCACCGGCCCGACGUGGGCAUGAGGCGGAGAAGUCGCAGUUCUCUGAACAGAUGAGUUUUCCCCGGAGGUGGGAGGUGGGAGGUGAGAGGUUAGAGAUGUGUACAUACAUACAGCACCAGCACUCUCCCGCGCGGAAACCCCCCUAGAAAGAAAACAAGACGCUCCACUGGAGAUAUAUAUGGUGGAGACACCUAGAGAUUCGGAGAUACACACACACACACACACACACACACACACACAC